AUGCCGAAGUCGUGCGCCGCCCGGCAGUGCUGCAACCGCUACAGUAACACCAGGAAGCAACUCACCUUCCACCGGUUCCCAUUCAGCCGCCCAGAACUGCUGAAGAAAUGGGUGCUGAACAUCGGCCGGGGCAACUUCAAGCCCAAGCAGCACACCGUCAUCUGCUCCGAGCACUUCCGACCUGAGUGCUUCAGUGCCUUUGGAAACCGCAAAAACCUAAAGCACAAUGCUGUGCCCACAGUGUUUGCCUUCCAAGACUCCGUGCAGCUGGUUAAGGAGGACACAGACCUGGGCAGAGUGAGAGGAAAUGCCAGCUCUAAGAAAAGGUGCGUCCUGCCCGUGGCGGGGGUGGAUGGCACAGGAAAAAGCAAGGACGUGGCAGAACUUCAGUUGUCCCCAAGAGCCGAAGCCUCUGGGAAAGAGGUCUUGCCAUAUAGGCCGGAAGCAGCGGAGACCCCUGGUCAGCUGGCCAGCCCCUCGGGGAUGAAGCAGCCCUCAGAUCACAGUUAUGCUCUUUUGGACUUGGAUGCCCUGAAAAAAAAACUCUUCCUCACGCUGAAGGAAAAUGAAAAGCUUCGGAGACGCUUGAGAGCACAGAGGCUGGAGAUGCGGAGGAUGGGCCGCCUCCUCAGCACUUGCACAGAGUCACAGAGAGGGGCGGCAGGGACCCCAAGCUGCGCGCGGCCCAAGCAGCAGAGCUGA